AUGCCGACCCGCACCAACGCUGCGAGGGACACGAAUCCGAGCGGGACUGGUGCUCCACCACGAGCGCAGUCCAACAGCUAUCGUGACUCGACGCUAGGCAUCUUCGCAUUGCUGCUUGCUUUCCGCAUCGUGAACGCACUAACCCUGCGCACCUUCUUCCAGCCCGACGAGUUCUUCCAGUCGCUCGAGCCUGCAUGGCAGCUGGCUUUUGGCCCCGCCACCCAUGCCUGGAUCACCUGGGAGUGGAGAUCCCAAUUGAGGUCGUCCCUGCAUCCAGCGCUAUUCGCAGCCGUCUAUCGAGUCGCGGCACAUGUUGCUGACCUCUGCGGCUUGCGCUUGCCUGCUAAAGCCGAACUACUCCUAGCUGCCCCGAAAGUUACCCAAGCCGUCUUUGCAGCCUUGCUUGAUUGCUACACUUGGAAACUUGCGGAAAAGGUUUACGGUCGUGGCAGUCGCACUGCUCUCACUACUGUACGCGACACCCGUAAUCAUGAUGCAGCAUUCUCUGAUAUUUGA